AUGUGCUUUGAUGGUGUUAAACGCUUGGGAAUUAUCCGAGGAAAGCUGCGAAAGAAGGUUUGGAUAAACCAAGGCGACAUUAUCCUGCUAGGUUUGCGAGAUUACCAAGAUGCCAAAGCAGACGUUAUUCUCAAAUAUACUCCUGAAGAAGCGCGAAAUUUGAAAUUAUACGGCGAAUUUCCAGAAUCCUUUAAAAUUAGUGAUGAUGUUACGUUCGUGGAGAACGAUCUGGACGAAUAUAUUGAAUUUGGAGAAUACGUGAGCUCAGGAGAUGAUGCUGAUCCUGUGGAUGUUAUCUGAUUAACAUGUAAAAAUGGCAAAUUAAAAAAUAUAUUUAUAUGUUUAAGUAGGCAAUUCAAUGUACAAUAUAUAAAUUAGUCUUAAUAUUAUGUGUCAAUUAUAUUAAACCUGAAUUUGACAAUGUACAUUAAUUUGACAAAUUGACUGAUAAAUUACUGACGAAUAAUUUGUUCUUUUUAAAUACAAUUUAUUCAUUCAAUUAAUUUGAACCGGACCUAAAAAUUAAUUUUCAUUUGCCGCAUGUAAUUCCUGUCUAUACUCCGCUAUUGGCCGUAUUAAAAAUAUUGCAAAUUAUUCGACAGGCUCAUUGCUGUCAAUGUAGCGAUUCAGAAUGUUAGGUAGGCUUAAAUAAAAUAUGUAAUGAAAUUAA